GUAAUCCACUGUGCAUUUUGGGGAAGAAAAGAUAAAAACGGCCACCAAAACCUUCAAAUUUCCUAAUUUGAAUCCCCAAAACGUCACCAACCAAGAACCCAUCUCCAAAGAUUUUGCCUUUAAAACGAAUUUCUUCAAAUUUUAUUCUGUUCUGUAUAUUCCCGAGUCUUAGCGUUCACGCCAUUUUUCGAAAGAUUUCUACACUCGAAAAGAGAAAAGGUAAAAUUUUUACGGAGUUCUGGGAAUUGGGUUUUCGCCGCAUAACCAAGAAAAUUCAGAUAGAGUUUGAUUCAAUCUUUACCUGGGUCUUCUUUUAUGGGUGAUAAUAUAAACAAAGGGUUUGGGAAAACGAAAGAGAAAGAUGAAGCUAACCCAGAAAGGGGUGGGGAAAGCUCAUCGAGUUCGUACUAUUGGUUGGCUAACUUUCAUCGUGAUCUAUUGGCGGGUGCGGUGAUGGGUGGAGUUGUACACACGAUUGUUGCGCCGAUUGAGAGAGCAAAGCUUUUGUUACAGACCCAAGAGAGUAAUCUGGCCAUUGUUGGAAGUGGGCGUAGAAGAUUCAAGGGAAUGUUUGAUUGUAUAGCUCGUACUGUCCGGGAAGAAGGCAUUCUUUCAUUGUGGAGAGGCAAUGGAAGCAGUGUUAUUCGCUAUUACCCUUCUGUUGCUCUCAAUUUCUCCCUCAAGGAUCUGUAUCGAAACAUGUUAAGAAGUGGGAACUCACAGGCAGGUCAUUUUGCCUCCGGUGCAUCAGCCAACUUCAUCGCUGGAGCUGCAGCAGGUUGCACCACGCUGAUCCUAAUAUACCCUCUUGACAUAGCCCACACCCGCCUGGCUGCAGACAUUGGCAGGAACGAAGUCCGCCAGUUCCGCGGCAUCUCUCACUUUCUCGCCACCGUUGGCAGGAAAGAUGGCAUUCGGGGGAUCUACCGCGGGCUGCCUGCUUCCCUACAAGGAAUGAUCAUCCACCGGGGGAUCUACUUUGGGGGGUUCGACACAAUGAAGGAGAUGAUGUCCAAAGAAUCCAAACCCGAGGUGCCAUUGCUCAAGCGCUGGAUAGCUGCUCAGGCAGUGACGACGACAGCAGGGAUGUUGUCCUAUCCGAUGGAUACAGUCCGUAGGCGAAUGAUGAUGCAGUCAGGACUCGAAACGCCCAUGUACCGCAGCACUCGGGACUGCUGGAGGAAGAUUUACAGGACAGAGGGAGUGGUGUCGUUUUACCGAGGCGCAGUUUCUAACAUUUUUAGGAGUACAGGAGCUGCGGCCAUCUUGGUUUUGUACGAUGAGGUUAAGAAGUUCAUGAAUUGGGGAGGAUUUUAGCAGAGGUCAUCCAUUUUUGUUGACUUUUUUGGUUUGACCCCCAUUUUAAUGUAAGAUGAGGGAAAGAAAAAAAAAAGUUACAAGAGAGAUAAAUGAUUUUUUCUAUGUGGCAAUAAAUAAAUGAAAGCAAAAAAAAGCUAUAUAAUUUAGCCUUGUGGAUGGGCAAA